UUAAGUGAUCCAGGUGAAACAACAGCUCACCUAUAUGUUUCUACCUGUGUUUACCUGUUCGGAGCUACUUUGUCAAAUUGCAUUUGCUGAGUUUCCUUAAAGUGGAUGACAUGAGUUUUUCUCUCCAUCUUUUUAUCUUUUCAUUUAUGUGAUGUGGACUAUACAAAAACUAGUUUUGCUAACUUAGUGAUUUAAUAUAAAAAUUAAUUGAUAAGUUCUAUUGGAUUAAAUUAUACUAUCAAUCGUAGUUACUUGAUUAAAAAAUAAUACUUCUGGAAAUAUGAUACCACGCACUUCGGAAAAUAAUAAUAAUUGUUUACCAGGUAGACGAAAACCAAACAAUCGUCACAGGUUAAAAAAGAGACUGUCAACGUUACUCCACACACAUGUAGCAUUGAUUUUAUUAAGUACAUUAGCUGUUCUAGACGCAGGAUGUGUAAUUGGUCAAAUCAUAUCGGAUAUUCUGAUAAUGAAAGAUGAACUUCAUGAAAAGCAGUUAAUGGAGAGUGAAGCAAAAAAAAUUAUAUUCGAUUUAUUUCCGGGAAGAUUCAAUAGAUCUGGAUACGAUGAGGCUGAGUUUGAGUCAAUACUUGUCAUUCUAAGAGACUGUUUUCAGGAAGUACAAGGACCUGAAAUUACCCGUAUUCAAAAUAAAUUUGCAGCGGAAGUAGAAAAACGGCUUCAUAAAGGUCAUCACCAUGACAACCAUCAUCAUCAUCUACACAAACGAGGCUCUGGUGGAAAUCAUAAACACACUUUUAAAGACUCACAUAAAAUUUAUACUCAUCACAUUCUGCACGAAUUGACACAUGCCUUUCAUUUAGGAAGUUUUGUUAUUCUAACCAUACUUUUAUUAGAGACAUUUUUAAAGGUUUUAGCCAUGGGAAAGAAGUUUCUGAACCAUAAAAUAGAGGUUUUCGAUGCGUUUGUGGUAUUAGUUUCUUGGAUUCUUGAUGUUGCAUUCUGGGAAGGAUUAUGGGCGCAUCCCGAAACGGAAGCAGCCAGAAUAAUGACAAUCAUUCUUCCCUGGAGACUAGUCAGGAUUGUAAACAGUUUUGUAAUGGUAAUACAAGAAAAAGAUCAAGUUCAGCUAAAAAUCAUAAAACAGCAAUAUAGAGGCUCAGUCAAAAGAGCAAGUGAUAUGAAAAUGAAAGUAGAAUUAUAUAGAAUGGAAAUGCGUCAAUUACAGAGUUUAUGUAGACGAAGAGGUGCUUCUGAAAAAGAAAUUCAGACAUGUGCUCCUGAAGGUAAACGACGGCGCAGCAGCUUACUUCCAGUUUUAACAAGACUGGCGUCAGUGGGUCUCCUUGGCUCAAUGACAAGUUCAGCUGAUUUAACUAAGGAGGCAGCUUCAAAUGAUACGUCUGAUGAAGAGGAUUCUGCAUUAGAUAUGAACAGCCGUCCAAAUAGUAAUUUUAGUAAUUUUAGUAGUGAUUGCUACAGUUUAGCACGGACUAUAUCAACCGGUAGCAGUGUUUCUGCGAUCGCUUUCCCGUGUAGAGGAAGUGUUGAAAAUUUAGUGAAAGAUAACCCAGCAUUUACUGAAGAUGCAGAAGACGUCCCUCCUAAUUAUAGUGAAAUUGAGCGGGAAAUGAAUGAAGAGGAAAUGAACACUCGACUGUAGACUCGAACCGGAAGUCAAACCGGAAGUUAUUGUUGCACUUUACUAACAUGGAUACGGUAUUAGAAUGGAAUGAACGUGUCUGAACGCUUAGAUCCUUAGUCCCUUAUUGUCUGUCGGUAGAUUGUAUUUGUAUCGUUGAAUGAUCAGAUUGUGUUGUUCUACCCGAAGCUUGGCAUGAGGCAGCAACCGCUAGACUCGUGGAAAUGAAUAAGGAACAGCAUAAUGUUAACACGAGUGGUAUUACCUUUAGGAUGAAUAGUCAACUGAGAGAGAUAUCAAACACUCUUCUGGGCUUUUGUCAGCGUGAAAAGUAAAAAGACAAUCAUCUUAACUUAUAUUAUGAUAUUCUCUUUGUAUUCAUCUUUGCUUCUUAGUUUUUUUCCAUCCAAAUAUCAUUAUAAUGCACAUUUUUUUUCUCGUUUAUAUAUGCAUUCCAUUUGAUAUUUCAUUAGAAAAAAAAAUAUAAUUGGCAUUGAUAAUUAUUGAUCACAUAUUUUAUUCAAGGUAAAUAAAACAUAUAUUUUUCAUCGAAUUUGAUAAAUUAGAUGGUCGUGUCAAAGGUGAAAGCUUUAAAUGACACACGUUAGCACGUGUGCUAAUUAUUAUUUUCAAAAGAUAAAAAAAAUGUUUUACAUAAAGCAGAAAGUUUCUGCUCGGAUGCCGGUUAUUCAUGCACGACCGCAUUGCAUUUACAUAUGAUUAAAGUUUAAUAUACCGGUAAAUCUAUCAUUAAUAGAUAGCGUUUUGUUUGCAAAAGGAAUGCAUGUCUCAACAAAGUAUAUUCCAAAAUAUAUGCAAUGCUUGCUAAAACAAUUUUGUGAAAGCAUUUGCGCUUUUUGUUGCUAUUUGGGGGAUUUUUCAAUUAUGAUUCCUUUUUUGUACUAAGAAUUUUUAUCUUAAGUAAUUCACUAGAUUAAGAUAGUACUAUCCUCGAAAGAUGGUGUAGAUUUGAACCUGUUAUGAUUUUGGUUAAAAUUACCAUGCCUCCCUGGAUUUUCAUGGUAGAAAUAUACAAACUUUUGGAAGUUGAAUAACAGCAAUCCUUGCUAAUAGAUAUCACCAGGGUACACGAAAUUAAUGUUUAGUUUUUAUGGUUCACUUUCAAGUUUUGGUUGAGACAAGGGGCGAAAGUUUCCCGCUCUUUUUCAAAUGAAAUGUGUAUCAGACCUAUUUGGUCUCAGUUAAAAUAAUUUGAUCAAUUAUCAGUAUUAUUGUGUAUCAUUUGAUUACAAUUGUUUUACAAAUAUGUGUGUUUAAUCAUGUGUGUAUGUGUAGCACGUGUGUAUGUUAAUGUAUGAUAUUUAUAUUGAUUGUUUUCAUUUUCCACCCAUUUUUUUGUUACGGAAUGUAUGCAUAGUUUUCAUUCCUUAAACUACAUUAAUAUCUGUCACUUCACCACGAUAGCGUUAUUAUAUAAUAAUCAAAUUCAUCAUCACUAAAAUUAAUUUUUCUUUGGGUAUACAAGUAGAGGAAAAGUGUGUGUAACUGUUUUUCCUGUCUGUAGUGUUUUGGGUAUACUUACACUAUUUUCAAAUUUGUUAAUUAGUACAUAUUCUAAAUCAAAAAUUUAAAAAAGUGUUUCUCUUGCAGAUGAUUUGGUAAUAUGGACUUCAACUGUGCAGGAUCAAGUUUUGUAGUAUAAAAUAAAACAUACUUUCGAUUGUUUUUUCUACCUGAUCUUAAUCGAUCUAACUUUCUCUUAUUAUAUAAUAAACAUGGCUGUUUAAAAAUAUUUCACUACAGAAUACUGUUUUUAUCAUAGGUCAUAAACUUUUAUAAUUUGGGAUAAAAAUUGGCCCUGCUUAAAUACGGCUUUCAAAAAUGUUAGCUUGAUGACUAUUUUGACUCUGGCGUACUACAUCAGAUUUGUCAGAUCUUUAAAAUAGGCUUAAUCAGCAAUAUUUUGACUGACUUGACACAACAGCACGAUCUUUGUCAAAAAUAGUUUUUGUCAGCGGGUAGUUUAUCACAAAAUACUCAAUUAACAAAUUUAGUUAAAAUGUGAUACUUUAAACUGAACUAAAGUCUUCCUGAAAUUACAGGCAAAUUAACCAUUAGAAAACCUAUUGUUUUGUUUCCACGGACAUUCUUUCUUGUUUCUAACCUGUGAGGUCCGAGUACAUCCAUAUUUCUAUCUUUUAUUUUUUAUUUCUUCAUUUCAUCUUAUUUUUUAAGGGGAGGGAGGAAAUCGGUGUUAGCGAAUAUAAAAUACCUCCAUGUUAGCUUGAACAAAGAACAAAGCACUGUUUAAUGAUAUAUUACUUAACAAUAAUAUCUAUAUUUGUCCCAUUAAAAUCACGACUUUAAUUGUCUCUCAAUUAUACUAAGACAAUUAGUAAUUUUAUGUAUUAGUUAUUAAGGUCGUAUAGGAGGGUCUGGAUGGGGUUUACAUAAUGGAGAUCAAAAGGCUAAUUAAAUAUAGAAUAAAUGAAAAAUUUAAGAAUAGGUUAUAACGGGGUGCAAGAAUAUAAAGAAUAUAAUUAUGAUUAUAUACAAAAAAUAAAGAGCAGAGAAAUUAAGACCCUCUCCCCCAUCCAUACCCUCAUAUAGAAUAUUAAAUCAAUCUUGUUCGGUUCUUUGAGUGUGUUAUGUUACAUGCAAAUUACUAUUUUGAACUGUCAUGCUAUUUAUCUGAAUUUAAGUGUACAUGCAUUUGAUGUUCAAACCAAUAAUAUGAUAAACAAUAUCUUUUUUUAUUUUUCUACUCUUAUGUUUAGAAUUUCACUCGCUUUGUAGUAAAAGGAAACACUUGCUGACUUUGCUGAUUUCAAUUAAAUUCAUUCAGGGACUGUUUCAAAAUGUACGAACAAAAUUUACUUUAAAUCAUUACAUGUGAUAUUCCUUGAUAUAUAUUUUAUCAAAAAAGAAAAAUAGUAAAAAAAAUCUAAUAAAAAAUCUAUACAUAUACCAUUGUAAGUUAAUUAUCUGGUUACAGACCGGAUCUUAUGGUGAUACUUUCGCCAAUGAUACCAAAAAUGAGCGUGAAAGAGUUUAUUCGGUACGUUCUUACAAGUUUAUUCUCGGGUUCCAUUUCAAGUAGAAAAUUCGUUAUACCUAUAUAUGAGUUUGAGUAGCCAAGAAUACAAAAUAAUAUGUUGAUCUUCAAAAAGAUAAUCAACUUUCAACGGUAUAUUUUAAAAGUUGCAAAAAAUAUUUCAAAAGCAAUUUGGCAUAUUUUGAGACAGUCUCAAAGUCAGGAAAAAGGCGCGAAAAAUUGAUUUUAUGACUGUGAUAUCUAAUUUGUUACUUAUGAUAUUUGAUUUCUGUUUUUGUUACUCCUCAUGGUAAUCAUAACCAGACAUUAAUGCCGUUUUGAAUAAAAAUACAAAAGCAAA